GAGAAAGAGAGAGCGAGAGAGAGAGAAGAAGGUGAGAUAGAAACGAAGGCAGGAGAGGAUUGGUACAUGAGCCAUGGAAGCCGAAUCCAAUGCGUUUCCAUUUUGAGAUAGAGCAAGAAUAAAGGAAAAGGAGAAGGAAAAGCUUUGGAGAGCUGGGGCUGGGGUGUUGUGUGUUUCUAGAGAGAGAAGGUGCAUUAGGGAAGAGAACCGUCGGCGGCGAGAAGAAUGGGGGACUCCAGCGGCGACUCCGUUUCCAUUGAUAUGGAGGACGCCAUAUCAUUUGCCAGGAAGGAGCACCUUGUCAAGACUGGCCGUGGUUGUGUCUCUGUUUCUGUGGUUGGAGAUCCAGACAAGCCGGCUUUAAUUACUUAUCCUGAUUUGGCUUUAAAUUAUAUGUCCUGUUUCCAAGGAUUGUUCUAUUGUCAAGAAGCAUCUUCCAUGCUGUUCCAUAACUUCUGUAUUUACCAUAUCAGUCCUCCUGGUCAUGAGUUGGGAGCUGUUGCGAUAAACCCUGAUGAGCCAGUGUUAUCUGUUGAUGAUCUAGCUGAUCAGAUCGUUGACGUCCUUGACUAUUUUGGACUGGGCAUUGUGAUGUGUAUGGGUGUAAGUGCUGGUGCUUAUGUUCUCACUCUGUUUGCUAUGAAAUACACUAAAAGAGUUCUGGGUUUGAUACUCGUUUCUCCUAUAUGCAAAGGUCCAUCUUGGACAGAAUGGUUGUGUAACAAGGUGAUGUCAAAUUUGCUUUACUUUUGUGGCAUGUGUAGUGUGGUGAAGGAAUUAUUACUCAUACGGUACUUUAGCAAGGGUGUCCGUGGCAGUGCUGAAGUACCUGAAUCAGAUGUAGUUCAAUCAUGUAGAAGAUUUCUGGGAGAGAGACAGAGUCCAAAUGUUUUGCGGUUUCUUGAGGCUAUGAACGAGAGACCAGAUAUUACUGAUGGUUUGAGAAAGUUAAGAUGCCGAUCCUUAAUAUUUGUUGGCGAAAACUCUCCUUGCCAUUCUGAGGCACUUCAUAUGACUUCAAAACUUGAUAGAAGAUUCAGUGCCUUAGUCGAGGUUCAAGCAUGUGGGUCAAUAGUCACUGAGGAGCAGCCAGAUGCCAUGCUGAUACCAUUGGAGUACUUCCUUAUGGGGUAUGGCUUUUAUAGACAAUCUCCAUUCAACGUUAGCCCAAGAAGCCCUUUGAGUCCGACUAGCAUCUCCCCAGAGCUCUUCUCACCAGAAAGUAUGGGAUUGAAGUUAAAACCAAUAAAGACAAAGAUUUCUGUAGAAGUAUGAGAAGAAUGAACACGCGAGGCAUUUUUGUUUCUUUGUAUUUUUGUAGUUAAGGAGGUUUAUCAUGCCACUACUUCAUUGAAAGGAACUAUACCAGGAGAAGAGGAAACUACAAUAGGCCUGUAGAUAAAAUUAAAAGAUAGAAAGCAAAGCAAAAUUAGGAUAGAAGAGAUUGAAGGGGAGUUUUUUCUUUUAUUAUUUUUCCUCAAAACCUGUAAAAUCACAAGUAUUAGUGCAGAUGUAUCUACAGUAUCUGUAAAUCCCUGAAUAAUUAUUUGUCAAGACAGCGAAAUGAAGAUAAUAAAAGGCGGGAGAAGUUCUCCUUCAAUUUAAACA